AUGGCGCCCAUGUAUUCUGGACAAUCAUUAUCAACCACAACGAAUAACAAUAAUCAACAAACUAAUAGUGAUUCUUCAUCAUCAUCAUCAUCCACUACUGAUUCAUCUGAUCGUUGGCAUACAGUAUCAGCAUAUGUUGGUUCUGAAUUAUCCAUACCAUGUGCUAUCGAUGUCAGUGGUUGUGGACGUAUAUAUUUUAUUACAUGGACCAAAAAUGUUUCCACAUCAUCAUCAUCAUCAUCUGCAUCCGAUUCUGUAACAAUAAUGUCGUCCAAUACAGCAAGUGAUCAUCAUGAUGAUUCUCAAGAAAUUUCUUCCGAUUUUUCCUUUUCAAAAACUUUCUCAUCAUCAUCAUCAUCAGCAACAACAUCUUCACCUUCACCAUCACCGUCAUCAUCACAAAUAUCGAAAUCCGGUGAAUGGCAACGUGUUUUCAUUCAUUCAGAUACAUUUGAACGUGUUUUAGGUGAUCUAGAACAAUUUGGUCCAAAAAAUCGUGUACGUUUUGGACCAAAAAAUUUAUCACAAACAAAUUUUGCUCAUCUAACAUUGCAUCAUGUUGUACCUGAAGAUGAUGGUAUCUAUAAAUGUGAUGUUACAUAUGUUACACCACAUGCACAUGGAAAGUGUCCUUCAUUGACCUAUAUACGUGUACAAACACUUGUGAAACCAAGCUCGCCAAUAAUUCGUAUCAAUGGUAAAUCAUUGGCCGAAUAUCGUAUGUCGAUGGAUUCGGUCAUCACUGUGGAUGAUGGUGGUUCAGGUGACUAUUCAAGUGCCAAAUCUUUAUCUUCAUCUUCCCAAUUAUCAAAUCAAACACUAUCCAAUAUUGAUCUGAAUCGUUAUCGUCAAUUUGGACCAUUUGAAGAAGGUUCAACUAUUGUAUUUGAAUGUUCAACAUUCGGUGGACGUCCAAUGCCUGAACUUCGUUGGUUUAAUGGAUCACGACCAUUACGAUCGAAAAUAACUGUUAUGGAUCUGGAUCCAGAUUCCUUGGAUCAAUCUAAUGAUCCUGAUUUAAUCAUAUUAACCAGUGAUCAUCAUCAUCAUCAUCAUCAAAUGGAUGGAUCAUCAGCUGUUCGACGUAAAAUUAUAGCAACAACAAGAAUUAUUGCUAGCCGUUUUGAUUUGGGAGCAAAAUUUGAAUGUCGUGUUUUAUGGAAUAAUACUCAAGAUGAUGCAAAUAAUGGUGAUGAUGGAUUCAUUACGACCACCACCACCACCAACAACAAUGCCUCAUUGCUCAAUGAUUGGUUAUUGUUAGACAUCCAAGUUCGUCCAUUAGUGAUUCGUGUUGAUUCACCACGUUCGCCAGUAAUAGCUGGUGAAACCGUACUUCUUCGUUGUACAGUGGAUGGUGCUCGUCCAUCGGCAAAUAUUACCUGGUAUAAUCGAUCUGAAGUAGUACAAGCUGAACCGUUGCCAACAUUCAAUCAUCUAAUAUCGACGACGACAAAAAAUAAACAAUCAUCAGAGAAUAAAAUUACCGGGCCAUUAGUUGGUCCAAAUCAACCGGUUCGUACGAGAAUCACCACUGAAUUAAUGACUGAUGGUACAUUCCGCACGACAUCAAUAUUGGCAUUCGUCGCCAGUCGUUCGGAUCAUCAAGCAGAUUUUUUUUGUAAAGGUUCCAAUGAAAUUCUACGGAAUCGUAACGAAGUUCCAUUAUUGCAAGGAGUACAGCUACAAGUUUUAUAUGCUCCAGUUGUAGCCAUCGAACCAGACGGUCUAAUUGCCGUGAAUGAAAGUUCUACCGUACAAUUUUGGUGUACAUAUGAUGCAAAUCCAAUGAAUAUAUCAGAAAUACGUUGGUACAAAGAUCAUCGGCUCUUAGAUACAGCAUUUUUACAGCAACAACCGAAUGAUGAUGAAAAUUCAAAUAAAAAAAUUUUCAUGUCACGUGAUGAACGUGGUACACCAAUGUUGACUAUCAGAAAUAUUGAUCGUAAUGAUAGUGCCAAUUAUAAAUGUCGUAUACGUAAUAAAUUCGGUGCAAGUGAUUCAAUAACAACAGCUCGUUUAGAAGUGGCAUAUCCUCCCAUUGUAUCGCUAGAGGUUGUAGAACCAAAAAAUCAAAUUAUUGAAGAACGUUCAGAUACACCAGUCAUGCCAACAAUGACAUUACGUUGCACAACGUUACACGGAAAUCCAUCCAAAUUACAAACCGUCAAUUGGUAUCGUAAUGGCCGUCAUUUUAUAACAACAAUUUCAUUCCAUAAACUACAACAACAACGGCAAUCCGCAUCCUCUCAAAUUAUUCCAACGAUAUCAUCAACAUUAUCGUUAUCAUCAUCGACGACGACCACAACAACUCCAUCAUUUUUGCAUCAUAGUUUCUAUCAUCGAAUCGGUACUGGUAAACAUUUUACAUUGAUCGAUGAAUCAACACCAUUAUCUGGUCCAUUAAAUGGUCAAUUUUUAUUGACACCAAAUGGAACAUCAUGGUCAACCAAUAAUGGUGAACCAUACGUUCAUUAUCUUAAUGAACCUGAAAUUUUGAUCAUUGCCAAUGUAACUCGUGAACAUCGUGGAAAUUAUAGCUGCAUAGGUUUCAAUGGUGCUUCUAACGGUAGUCGAUUAUCGGCUGCGAAAAUUAUUUCUGUCAAAUAUCCACCUGGACCAGCUUCGUUGAUGUUGACCAGUAGCAGUAAUAGUGAUACAAAUAAUCGAUAUAUACUUAAAGGAACACAAGCAGUAUUGGAAUGUAGAAUCGAUGAUCCUGGUGAUCCUCCCGCUAAUUCGAUCAUAUGGACCCAUAAUGGUGUUCGUAUUGAUCGUGCAACGACACAUUUUCAGCCACCACCACCACCACCUAUGACUAGUGAUUCUGUUCAACAAAAUCCUUUGAUUGCAAGAUAUCGAACACCAAAAGCCGAUAUGUCUACUUCGGGUGAAUAUCGUUGCCGAGCGAUCAAUGAUUUAGGCCAAGGGGAAUGGGGUCAAUUCCGUUUGGAUGUUAAAUCUCCUCCACGGAUACUGCAAUCGCUUCCAGCCACCAUUGGAGCACUGUCCGAUCAAAAUCUAACUUUAACAUGUCGAGUUGAAUGUCAACCACCGUGUGAGAUUCAUUGGUUCCACAAUAAUCUGACACGUUUAUCUCCAGAUACAAGGGGUAUUCUUCCAUCAUCGCUAUUGACCAAUGAAUAUCGUGCUAAAUUACGUAAUGGGAAUGAAAUGAUUUUUUCGUUGAUCAAUGAACAAUCUGAAGGCAGCAUUCAAGGUCCAUCUCAUACAUGGUCAUCAUUUACAAUACACAAUACUUCGGUUUUAUUUGAUUUUGAUCAAUUAACAUGUGUAUCAUCCAAUUCUGAUACAGAAGAAUUAGGUCCACCAGUUCAUUCCACAGUUGUAUUUCGUCGUGAAUAUUUACCACAUUCAGUUCAUCUAUCAGUGCCUGGUAUUGAUCUAUUGGAAGGAGAAGGAUAUCCUGAAAAACCGAUACAAUGUUCAGCAUUCGGUAAUCCAACUCCACGUUAUUAUUGGACAUUCGAACCAUUUGUUCCUACGCAAGGUUAUUAUAGUCAUGAAAAUCAUUCUCGUAAUAAUCAGACUAUUGUGGCUAUUGGUCCACAAUUAACGUUGGAUAAAUCUAUGGCACAAAAUCCUCAAGGUAAAAUACUUGAAACUUCAAUGGAAUUUCAGCUGGAUGUUACUACUACUUCAUCAUCUCAUCAUAAUCAAUUGAAUGGACGUUUUCAUGCUACAAGAACUUUAUCCGGUAAUUAUACAUGUGUGGCCACUAAUCAACAUGGUUCUUCUUCUUCUACAUUAACUAUUAAUGUUUUCUAUCGCCCGGAAUGUGAACUUCGACGUAUAAAUACUGCUAAAAUACUUCAUAAUCGACAUCGUUCACAAGAUUCUUCUAGCCGUUUGGAUCGUCAACAACAACAGCCUGUUCCAAUAAUGUUAUCAUGUACGGCCAUAUCGAAUCCAGCACCUGGAAAAUUUUCAUGGUAUCGACGAAAUGGUUCUGAAUUGAUGGAAAUUCAUCCAUCACUUAAUUCUGAUCAUUCAUUAUUUGUUGCUAUAUCACAAGAUUAUGAUUAUGCUAGUGAUUCAUCUGGUGCGACUGCUGUAUUUGAUUAUUAUCAUCAACAACCGCAACAACAAAAUCGCCACCAUAAUCAUUUUCAGAGUGAUAACUAUGAUGAUGUUGCUAUCGUUGGUCAUAGUGUUGGUGGACAUACUAGACAAAGUAUUGUAAUGGGUGUACCUGCUGAUGCCGAUCUUGAUGAAUAUGCUUGUGUUGUUUCAAAUGCGAUUGGAGAAUCUCGUCCAUGUUGGUAUGAAGAAACACCCACUUCUGGUCAGAUUAUGUCAUCUUCUACGGGUGGUCGAAAUGGUUUGGGCCAAUCUACUGCUGAUAGUGCUUAUGAUAAUUUAUUCAUGGUAGCUGCAUCAGCUGGUCUUAUCGUAUUUUGUUUAGUAUUAUUCUCGGCAGUUGCCAUUGUAUUCUGUCUUCAUCGAAAUGGUAGCCGAACUGGUGGUGGUGCUUCAUCAUCAUUCAAAGGAUUCGGUGGUUCACGUAAUUCAGUCGAUGAUGAUAUUAAUACUCCACAACGUUUGAAAUUAAAUCGACCAGCUCAUCAUUUAUUGAUGCUUGAUGCACAUCAUUCAACAUCGGAUCAACCAUUGGAUUCAGCAUUCAUAGUUAAUACAAUGGAUACAAAUUGUUCAAAAACCGCUACACUUACUGCCGGUUAUCGAAUGGCUGGAACAAUGUCGAAUCAUCAUCAUCAACAACAACUAACCACGCCAUUGAUAACUGGAACCUUAUCGAAAUCAUCAUUUUAUCAUCAUCAACUACGACAACAGAAUCAAAAUCAUUAUAGUACAGCUGAUGGUUCCAUAUAUGAUGGUGGUAUGAUAACAAAUUCCGAUGAUGGUGGUGAUCUAGAUCUUGAGAAUAGUGCCUCAAAACCAUUUCUAGUUUCAUAUCCAUCACCUUCAGGUGGUCAUAAUGAUGAUAGCCUGGGUGAUGGUACAAGCCCAUCAGCUAAUCCCGUAUAUGCUGAACCUGAUUAUCAUUGUCUUCAAGAAUCAUCUUCAUCUGUACAUGGUGAUGGUCAAUUAACUGGAUCAACUUCUGUGACAACUUCAUCGGGUAAUAAUUCAAAUACAUCAAAUCUACAGAUAUUGCCACCAUUACCACCACCAGAUAUCACAAAACAACAACAAAGAUUCACAAUGGCUAAAUUUAAUAAUUCAAUCAAUAAACAGGGUAAUAAUAAAGCCAAUCAUAUGGAAAUGGAUUCAAUCAAUCAUCAUCAAACUGAUGACAAUGAUAUGAUUGAAGAUCAUUAUGAAAAUAAUCCAUAUCUACAAGCCAAUUAUGAAGAGGUGAGAGAACCGAAAUUGAUUGCUCUACGUAAAAAACGGCAAUCAUCGACAAAACUUUCAACGAAAUCUCAACGUACUGACAACAACAACCUGACGAACAAUGGACAACAUCAUUCAGGUUCAGAUUAUUCUGAUUCUGGUGAUUUCAUCAAUAAAUCCAAUGCAAUAUUGAAUCCAGCAAAUAAAGAAUCUAUUGAGUGCCUUGUUGAGAAUAAUAAUCGUGGAAAAUCUCACCAGACAAUCGAACCAGAUUAUGAAUCCUACGAUGAUGACGACGAUGGUGGAAAUGAUUAUGAAGAUGAUGAUGAUGAUUCAUCCGUCCCAUCCACUGCCUAUAAACCUGAAAGAGAUUUCUUCUUCAUUCACAACAACAACAAUAACCAAAAUCGAUCACAACAACAGCAGCAACAAUUUCGAAGUUCAUUGUCUUCAAAUAAUGAUAAUAAUUUAUCUUCCAGUUCUCGUCGUCGAUUAUUACCAUCGACAAAUAAAUAUGGAUCAUUAAUACGUCAACAUAAUCCACAAUCAGAUCAACCAUCGAAUAAUUCAUCACCACGAUUCGUAAAUAAUCUCAAUGGUACACCUCAACAAUAUCAUCAAUCACCAAUAUCUACAAGAUUAUAUUAUAAUUUUGAUCAUCCCACAAACCCGACUACUACUACUAAUAAUUCGAUAAUAUCUUCAGCAAAUGGUAAUUCAUCAUCAACAUCAUCAUCAUCGCCUAAUCCAUUCUAUAAUAGUCUUCGAAGCUAUAAUAACAACAAUUGGCGUAACAGUAGUAGUAAUAAUCGUCAUCAUCGAGGAGGUGGAAAUAGUGGAAUGAUGAUUCGACAACAUUCGGACAAUAAUAAUUAUCCACAAAUAGCAGCAACAACAACAAAUGUUGUUGGUGGUCCUACAUCAUCAUCAUCAUCAUCUUGUUUUCGACGUUCUGAAUCUACUGAACCUCUUCAACAACAAGAACCACCUGAUUAUCAUCAAACUAUUCUUGAUCGUUUUUAUAAUGAACAACAACAACAACAACAACAGCAGCAGCAAACACCAUCGACAUUUGUUGUAACACGAUCAAACAUUGAUAAUCUAUAUGGAUAGAUAGAUUUUUAAAAAUCUCCCUUAAUGAAUCGACCGAAUUAUAUUUCCAAUUUUGUAAAAAAAAAUUAUCAUUAUUUAGAUGUGCAACAUUUUUUUUUUCGUUUCUUUGGUGCAAUCAUCAUCAUCAUCAUCUAGUUGAUGAUAAAUUUUGAUUCACAAUUUCAAUCCAUGAUUUUACUUAUAUUUUGAUAUAUCAAAACAUCCAAAUCCUCAUCCUCAUCACCAUAUAUUUAUGGACAAUUUUAUUUUGAUAUUGUAAAAUUUCAACACUCGCCUUAGAAUCUAAUAUGCAUAAUAAUCACAAAAAAAAUAUAAAAAAGUGUGAAACAAAACAACAAAAACCCUCCACACAUUUUUACAACGUACAAUUUGUGUUGAUAUAAAUAUAGAAAGUGA